GGCUGAGAGCUCGCGAGACGGGCGGCUCUCGCGGUGCCUCCCUCCGCUCCGGCGCGGCACCGCAGCGGGGCGCGGCGCCGGGGCAGGAAGCGGCGGCAGCAGGUGCGGGCGCCUCCCGCUCGGGCCCCUCGUGUAGGUGGGCGAGAGGCGCCGGCCUCUUUCUCCUUCUGAGAAGGGAGGCGCGGAGCUGUCUCACCGCCCUCCCCGCCGGUGGAAGGGAGCCGAGCCGGCGGGACCCCCCCUCUCCCCGGCGCUCUGCCCCUGGCGCCCCGAGCCGCCCCUGAGGGGAGCGGGGCCUCGGCGGCGCCCGGCCCUCGAAACCCUCACGAGCGCCCUCUCCGCCCCGCUUCAGUCUGCGCCCCGUGACGGUUUCGCAGCCCGGAGGUAGGGAGCUCGCCGGAGGCCGGUGCCGGCGGAGCUGCGUGGGCUCUCCCGUCGCUAAAGCCGCUCCGGAGACAACUUUCUCUUAAAACGCGGGCUGCUCCCGACGCCCUGUCUGUGGCGAGACUGGGUCGUCGUAAGCCCGGGUGGGCUGGUGUGCCACAGUCUGGAAUUAGCUGUGCUAAAGCGACCGGGAAAAGGGAAUCCUUGUGCAGACUGCAUUUCUGAGUGGGAGAAAAAAAGUUAAUCUGUGGCAAUGAUAGAUCCUUUAGAGAACAACUUGUUUGAUCUUCCUGAUUAUGAGAAUACAGAAGAUGAAACAUUUCCGCCUCUUCCACCUCCUACCUCUCCAGGAAAAGAUGAUGCUGAAUGGGCUGUAGCUAAUGGAGAACCAGAUGGUAACCAGCAGUCACAAACGAAGGAUUCUUCUGUGACUACACGGAAAGCAGUUAGAAGACCAAUACCUAAACUAGAUGCCCAUAGGUUAGUUUCUGAAAGAGGACUUCCUGCCUUAAGACACAUAUUUGACAACACAAAAUUCAAGGGUAAGGGCCAUGAGGCAGAGGACCUGAAGACACUUAUACGGCAUAUGGAACAUUGGGCUCAUAGAUUAUUUCCAAAAUUGCAAUUUGAUGAUUUUAUUGACAGAGUAGAGUCUUUGGGAAACAAAAAGGAAGUUCAGACCUGUCUAAAGCGGAUUAGACUUGAUCUUCCUAUUUUGCAUGAAGACUUCAAAAAUAAUGAAGAUGGUGGAGGGGAAAGCAAUGGGCUGGAUAUAGCCAGUGAAGACAUAUGUUCCAGCUCUGGAAAUGUAAGAGAAGAAUUGGAUUCUCCCUCUGGUACAACUCUCACAGAAGAGCAACAACAGCGAAUCAAAAAGAACAGGCAACUAGCCUUGGAACGCAGACAAGCAAAGAUGCAGUGUAACAGCCAGGCACAACAAAGUGAGCUCUCUGCUAGUUACCCAGAAGAGGUGUUUAAUACCACAGCUCCUCAGAAUCUGGCUGACCUUAUAGAAGACACUCAAGUUACUGCAACCAAGUUUGCUGUUGCAGAUGCUGAGGACAGAGAUAUAGAACUGGAACACACCAGUGAAAAGCAAUAACCUUUCCACGUACUUUGAAUGACUUCCUUAACACAAAGAUCCCAACAUUACAAGUUCUAGCAUUAUAUGCAAAAGUCACCAGCUAUUUCCACUCUGACUCUGGAAGCUGUAUGGAAGUCUUGAUGUCUGUACAGUUGGACAGAAUUUCAUUCUCUUGUGUGAGAACAAGCAACUCCAUACAUUGGGAAACAGAACAGAAAUAGAUUUGAGACAGCUGAGAUUUCUUCUUUGGCAGUGACAUUCUUUGGGAAAUGUUACUGAUGCAAGGUUUUAUGACCUGAAUCUCUGAGUCUUUUUUACUGUUGAUGUAAAAGUGAAUUAACUGGCGUGUUGACAGAUCAGGUUUAUAUUCAAGGUUUUUAAAUAGAGGAUAGUGCUGUGUAUGAACCAGAUGUUCUGCAUUUUGUAAUUCACUUAUCAAAUACCUGUAUCUUAUUCUUAUAAAAUGGAAGCUAUUAAAGUUCAGAAAUCAAACCUGAAAAA